AUGGCUUCCGACAACCCUCCGCAUCCUGGAGAUGGAAAUGACUUGGGGAGGAAGCCCGCGCCGGAAAACCGCGACUCUGAAUUGAGACAGAUGGACUUUGGCACAGACGACGCAAUCGAAAACGAUCGGAAAUUGGCGGACUUAGCCCGCAAACUCAGCGCUCAAUCAAGUCACACUCACCAUCAAACCUCCUUCACCCCUGGGCAAGAUAGCUCGCUCGAUCCGCAGAGUCCCAACUUCAACGCGAAAGCUUGGGCAAACGCCUUUUAUAAUGUUCGCUAUCGGAAUGAUCAUGAAAGUCGACCGCGUGUGGCCGGUGUAGCCUUCAAAAAUUUGAAUGUGAGCGGGUACGGAAGCAGCGUCGAUUAUCAAGCGAGCGUCGGGAACGCGAUCCUGAAGCUUGCCUCCAUUUCACGACAGUGGCUUGUUGGCAGAAAACAGCGAGUCGACAUACUUCGAGAUAUCGACGGGUUAAUCCUUCCUGGUGAGCAGCUUUGUGUGUUAGGACCGCCCGGCUCAGGCUGUUCGACACUUCUCAAAACCAUCGCACAAGAAACCCCUGGGCUUGAAAUAGAUCAAGCUUCAUACGUCAACUACCAAGGAAUUACUGCAAAACAAAUGUCGAAGAGCUUUCGCGGAGAGGCUAUUUACACUGCAGAAGUGGACGCACACUAUCCACAGCUCGACGUCGGCGAUACCUUGUACUUCGCCGCUCUUGCCCGUGCCCCUCGUGAGAUACCAGGUGCAAUUACCCGUGAAGAAUACGCCAUUCAUCAAAGAGAUGUGAUAAUGGCUACAUUUGGAAUUAGUCACACCCUCAACACACGUGUUGGCAACGACUUCGUCCGUGGUGUUAGCGGAGGUGAGAGAAAACGAGUAACUAUCGCAGAAGCUGCAUUGAGCUACGCCCCGUUGCAAUGCUGGGAUAACAGUACUCGUGGUCUGGACAGUGCAAAUGCCGUGGAGUUCUGUCGUACCUUGCGCACCCAAGGGGAUGUAUUCGGGGCAACCUCGUGCGUUGCUAUCUACCAAGCGCCCCAGGCAGCCUACGAGUUAUUUGACAAAGUCACUGUUCUUUAUGAAGGAAAACAAAUAUUCUUUGGUCCAGCUCAGGAUGCCAGAGGUUAUUUCGUGCGACUCGGAUUCGUUUGCCCUGACGCCCAAACAACUCCAGAUUUCCUGACUUCAAUGUGCAGUCCAUCUGAGCGCAUCAUACAUCCAGAUUCAGAGAGUCGAGCUCCCAGAACAGCGGAUGAGUUUGUUGAUCGUUGGAAAGAAAGUUCGGAGUACAAAUCAUUGCUCCAGGAUAUCGAUCGCUACGUUAAUGAGCAUCCGUUCAACGCCACUGAUCUUGGCCACUUCGCCCUAUCCCGCCAAGAGGAAAAGUCCAAAAUGCAGAGCUCAAAAUCCCCCUAUACUCUCUCUUAUUGGGGUCAGAUCCGCCUCUGUCUCUGGAGGGAUUUACAACGAUUGAAGAAUGACCCCAGCGUGACACUUGCCAUGUUGAUCGGGAACUUCUUUGAGGCGUUGAUAAUCGCAAGUUUAUUCUACAAUCUCUCGAAAGAAACAAACUCGUUCUUCUCCCGUGGAGCUCUUUUGUUUAUGAUGGUUCUCCUAAGUGCCUUCUCCAGCAUGCUUGAAAUUAUUGUACUAUACGAGAAACGGACAAUUAUUGAAAAGCACAGGCGAUAUGCGCUCUAUCACCCAAGCGCCGAAGCUAUCUCGUCACUUAUCAUGGACAUGCCUUACAAAAUCACAAACUCGAUUUUGACAAAUCUUGCGCUUUACUUCAUGUCAAAUCUCCGACGAGAGCCUGGGGCAUUUUUCUUUCUUUUGCUCAUCUCUUUUUCCAUGAUGAUGGGCAUGUCAAUGUUUUUCCGUUUCUUCGCCUCGCUAACCAAGUCAAUCGAACAAGCUCUGGCACCCUCAUCUAUUAUCCUAUUGGCACUGGUGCUCUACACAGGCUUUGCUAUACCUGUCAAAUACAUGCGUGGCUGGGCAUCCUGGAUAAGAUGGUUAAACCCAGUCUCGUAUGGAUUUGAAGCAGUGAUGGUCAAUGAGUUCCAUGGGCGAGAAUUUGAAUGUUCAUCAUUUGUGCCAUCCGGACCGGGUUAUGAGAAUGCUUCAAGUCUCGAGAAAGUGUGCUCAGUGGUUGGAGCUGUUCCAGGCUCCGAUGUCGUCCAAGGGACAGAUUACAUACGCUCUUCGUUUGGUUAUGAGAAUUCCCACCGUUGGCGAAACUUCGGAAUCAUCAUCGCUCUGACAAUCUUCCUUACAUUUUGCCACUUGGUAACAUCGGAGCUUGUUUCUUCUCAGCGUUCCAAAGGUGAAGUUCUUGUUUUCCGCCGUGGGAGGACGCUACCAAUGCGGGGAAAGAAAGAUAACAAGGAUGAGGAAAAGCUGCCAUCUACCAUGGCUCAGAAUAACUUUCAAGUCACUGAUGAGCCUGAGGAUAUCUCUGGUGUGGAAAAGCAAGUUUCGAUAUUCCACUGGCAGAAUGUGACUUAUGAUAUCAAAAUCAAAGGUGAGCCGAGGAGGAUUCUAGAUCAAGUCGACGGAUGGAUUCGUCCGGGGACGUUGACAGCACUCAUGGGUGUUUCUGGUGCGGGAAAGACUACCCUUCUCGACGUUCUAGCUAGCCGUACAACAGUCGGGGUCGUCGGGGGAGAAAUGCUUGUCGAUGGUCGACCACGAGACGAGUCGUUUCAGCGAAAAACAGGCUAUGUUCAACAGCAAGAUCUUCAUCUCCAUACCUCAACAGUGCGGGAGGCAUUGGAAUUCAGUGCCCUACUACGACAGCCCCCUGAGUUUAGUCGUGCGCAAAAGCUUGCAUAUGUGGACACGGUUAUUGAUCUCUUGAAUAUGAGAGAAUAUGCCGACGCCAUAGUUGGAGUGCCAGGAGAAGGACUCAAUGUGGAGCAACGCAAGCGCCUCACAAUUGGUGUUGAGGUUGUGGCUCGUCCAAAGCUUCUGCUAUUUCUCGAUGAGCCUACUUCUGGUCUGGAUAGUCAGACCUCCUGGUCCAUUUGCAACCUUAUGGACACCUUGACGAGAAAUGGCCAAGCAAUUCUGUGUACUAUCCAUCAGCCCUCUGCCAUGCUAUUUGAACGUUUUGACAGGCUUCUUCUUCUGGCUCGGGGAGGCAAAACGGUAUAUUUUGGUGACGUUGGACCAGGAGCGAAGACUAUGAUGGAUUACUUUGUCCGAAAUGGUGGUGCUGCUUGUCCCUCGGGUGAAAACCCGGCCGAGCAUAUGCUCAAUGUGAUUGGAGCUGCACCUGGUGUGCAAACAGAUGUCGACUGGCCAUCAGUGUGGCAAAAAAGCCGUGAGUAUCAAGAUGUUCAAAGGGAGCUUGCUAAACUCAAAAAUCCAACCGACAGAUCGUCUCUGAUGAAUGGUUCGAGCAAUGCUUCCAGCUAUACCGAGUUCGCUGCGCCAUUUUUCGAACAACUGAUUCUGGUCGGACGACGUGUGUUUCAGCAAUACUGGCGCACGCCGUCCUACAUCUAUUCCAAAGCCUUACUUACUGUUGGGAGUGCUCUCUUCAUCGGAUUUUCGUUUUUCAAAGCAGACAACACUAAACAAGGUUUACAAAACCAAAUGUUUGGAGUAUUCGUAUUCCUUUUCGUCAUCGUCCAACUUGUUCUUCAGAUAAUUCCAACAUUCGUCACUCAGAGAACACUGUACGAAUCGCGAGAACGACAAUCUAAGACAUAUGCUUGGCAGGCUUUUAUUUUAUCCAAUAUCGCGGUCGAGUUUGCAUGGAAUACACUAAUGGCAAUUCUCUGCUUUAUCGUUUGGUUUUAUCCUGUCGGCCUUUACCAAAAUGCCGAGUAUACUGAUACUAUCCAUAUCCGGAGCACUCAUGCAGUCCUCAUUAUUUGGGCUUCUUUUCUCUUCGCCAGUUCCUUCGGGCACAUGUUGAUUGCUGGAUUGGAGAGUGCAGAGAUUGCAUCCAGCCUCUCAAACAUCAUGUUCAUUUUGAUGUAUGCCUUCUGCGGCAUUCUUGCCGGGCCUUCCGCUCUGCCGAGAUUUUGGAUCUUUAUGUACCGAGUCAACCCAUUGACCUACAUGGUAUCUUCUUUCUUGUCCACCUCUCUUGGUAAUGCGCCUAUGCACUGUGCCGACAACGAAGUACUAUCCUUUGCGGCCCCAGCAGGGAAGACCUGCACGGAUUAUAUGAAUGACUAUUUGUCAACAAACCCUGGAUAUUUGCUCAGUGUCGACUCCCAGGUGAACAACAGUUGCAGUUUUUGUGCCAUGGGGAAUACCAACGAAUUUUUGGAGAGCCUUGGCAUUCAAUUCUCUAACCGAUGGCGAGAUUUUGGUCUUCUCUGGGUCUAUAUUGUGGUCAACACCGUUGGGGCCGUUACGUUCUACAAACUCUUUCGCGUUCCCAGAAACAAGACUGCUAAAAUAAAGUAA